AUGUCAUGCGAUGUUGUGAUUGUAUGGCUGACAGUAAACAGAAUCCGUUAUAAAAGUACUUCACUGAAUAAAUUCUCUGUAUUCUGGGUAUCAUUAAGUAAAAGAGAGGUGUCCGUUCAUAUGGCUAAAAUAGGAAAAGGAAUUCAGAUUCCUUUAUCAUGGGUCCCUGAUAGGAAUGGAAAUGUCCCUCAUAAUGCUAUCAGUGUUACUAAUGGUAUCUAUGUGGCUCGUUGUCAACACGAUCGUCAAUGGAUUCCUGGGAAAGCUGCAAGUGGACAUGAUGCAGCUUAUUAUCCAUAUGGUGGUGAAGAAAAGAAUACAAAAGAAUAUGAAGUCCUGUGUGAUACCUCAUUUUCAGGACAUCAAGGAUAUGAAUGGGUACAAGCAUCAUGUGGUAAUGUGCCAAAAAAUGCAAUCAUUGGUGGCAUGUCAGGUAAUGAUCCACUAUACAUAGCCAAAUCUAAAAUUAAUGGAGAAACAUGUGUUGGAAAGGUACAUCAUGGCCAUGAAUGUGCAUAUUUACCAUGCGGUGGUCAAGAACACUCAGUGAAAGAUUAUGAGGUUUUAGUUUGGAAAAAGCGAAAUUAA